CCAACAGCAAUAGUUGUUGGAAACGAGGGAAAGGGAAUAAGUGACGAAGCGUUGGAGUUAUCAGAUCUGUGUUGUAGUAUUCCGAUGAACGGAAUGGUUGAUUCAUUCAAUGUCUCAGUGGCUGCAGGGAUUCUGAUGCACCACGCAGUCUCUGACAGAAUCACUCGUCUGGGGAGUCAUGGAGAUCUGUCGGAAUCAGAGAAAGAGAUAUUGACGGCUGAGUUCUCACUUCGUCACAGUAGAAGCUCAAUUAGCAUUGCUUACGAGUUUGCUAAACGUAAACGCCACUCUGCUUCCUUCUAAUUUUGAAACUGUAUUCUCUUUUUCUUUCCCUUCUCCGUGUUAUAGGCUUCACAUUGUUGCUUUUCCCUGUAAGGCUGUAAUCAAAUAUUUUUUGUCAUACGAGUCUUACAUCACGUACACUUCUCAACAGACAUCCUUCCAUCGAACGUAUUA